AUGUAUUUAACUAUUAAAUUACUUUUAAUUUUUCUUUUGACAAUUUUAUUUUUCUGUGAAGCAGAACAAUCGUCAACAGAAAAAAUGACUUGUGUAAAUGAUUAUCUUUUGCUUUCGAAAAGUCUUAAAACAGAAAUUUAUGCCGGGAAAUUAGGAAAUGAAUGGAAAGUUAAACGAGGAAUUCAUAAAGAAGUUUUUGGAAGAAAAAUUAAAAGGAACUUUGUCAUAAAAAAGGAAAAAAUGUCAAAAUAUAUUGGAGAGGAAAAUGCAAAUAAAUGUUUUGAAUUAAACAAAGAUUUAGUUAAACAAUAUAAUGAAAAACUUUUAAAUAAAGUUAAAAAUUUUUCGUUUAAAGAAAGUAUUAAAGCUAAAAAGCCAAUUAUUAUUGAGAAUAGUUUCAGUUUAAAAGAUUAUUUAAAUAAAUCUAAAAACAAUUAUUUUAUUUUAUCUGAAAGUGUUCAAAAGGAUUUAGGUAAAUAA